UGAUGAGCUGUGCGUCGUUUCACGUCGGGGCCAAAACUUCAAGCUGGGGCAGAGCCCAACUUGUGCCCUGCCAAAGCUCCUGUAAUGUCUCUGGCAUUAUCUCAGUCACAAUGAACCGGCUUUGUAUUAGUACGACUGGGCGUCCAUCAUUACCACAGGCGCUGAUUUGAUCCGCUCCCCGGCGUCUAUUAGUCACACACGCGCAGUUUCCAGAGCAGCAGGAAAUCUGAUGAGAGGUGGCCGCCUUGUUUACACAGAGGGAAUCAGCUGGGAAUGUCAUUUUGCUGGAUCUGUUCACAAUAAGCUAGCUACCGCAACGCUGUCGCUUUCCUGCCGUCGACAUGUCGACCACAAGCUAAGCGAAGCAGACGAGAAGUAACGGCGCUUGAUAGCGUCAAUAGUUUCAGUUAACUCCGUCCGUCGUUUGGGAUGCAGAAGCUAACCAGCAUUACUCGACGCUAACGUUACACUUCAAGCUAAUUCGAUUUUUUUCUUUUGAAGUUUUCUCCGUGAGUUUUAGUUCAGUUAGCCGGUUAGCAGCUCUAGUUAGCUUGACAUUCAUUGAGAUUGGACUCGUUUCCUCGCCGAGGUGGAGGACGUCGUGCCCGAAGAGAAGCACUUAUUGGAAGUUUACCGGGCAGCUGAAUGGCCUCUGUUGUAGCAGUGAAAACUGAGAAGCGACCUGCAGCAGAUUCUCAGGAUGUGGACUCUAAUGCAAAGAAGCCCAGGAUUUGGGAAGCACCAUCAGUGGAACCAUCAUCACUCAAUCUCUGCCUGCCCCAAAGGAAACUGCUGCCCAGCCUGAAGACUAAGCGGGCCCCAGAGCUGGUCUUGGUGAUCGGCACAGGGGUGAGCUCUGCAGUUGCCCCCCAGGUUCCUGCUCUUCGCUCCUGGAAGGGUCUUAUUCAGGCUUUGCUUGAUGCAGCCAAUGACUUUGACCUUCUAGAGGAAGAGGAAAGCCGGCGAUUCCAGAAGCACCUGCAGGAUGAUAAAAACCUGGUGCAUGUGGCCCAUGACCUCAUCCAGAAACUCUCCCCAAGAACGGGCAAUGUGCGGUCCACCUUCUUCAAAGACUGCCUGUAUGAGGUGUUUGACAACUUGGAGUGUAAGAUGGAGCACGCAGGGAAACACCUACUGCGCUCGGUGCUGCAGCUAAUGGAAAGUGGUGCACUGGUCCUCACUACUAAUUUUGACAACCUCCUGGAGAUCUAUGCUGCUCACCAGGGCACCAAGCUGGAGUCUCUGGACCUCACAGAUGAAAAGAAAGUGUUGGAGUGGGCUCAGGAGAAGCGGAGGUUAAGUGUCCUGCACAUCCAUGGUGUUUACACUAACCCCAGUGGCAUUGUACUGCACCCUGCUGGCUACCAGAAUGUACUGAGGAAUACCGAGGUCAUGCGUGAGAUCCAGAAGCUGUAUGAGACCAAAUCGUUUGUGUUCCUGGGCUGCGGUCGCACUGUGGACGACACCACCUUCCAGGCUCUGUUUCUAGAGGCGGUCAAACACAAGUCAGACCUGGAGCACUUCAUGCUGGUACGCCGCGAGGAUGUGGGCGAGUUUAAAAAGCUGCGCGACAACAUGCUGGACAAGGGCAUCAAGGUCAUCUCCUAUGGAGAUGAGUACGGCGACCUGCCCGAGUACUUCGAGAGACUGGCCAAUGAAAUCUGCAACCGUGAUGUAUCUACCAAUGGCUGGGGGUCACCUUCACAAAAUGGUGAGGAACAGCAGAAUGGCUUUAACACACAGAAAAGCCUCCUGCAAGAUCAUUCUUGACAGGCUCAAAGUCGGGAUCAAUAUCAGUCAUUUUCCUCUACAGCUCCUUUUUAAAUGGGUCAAUCUACUCCCUCCCAGUACUUCCCAGGUCUCAUUUCACUCAAGGGACUUGUGAACCCAGGAUCAUAUGGGGCCAGAGGAGAGACUCAUAGGCUCUUGUCCAUCACUUCACAAAUGUCUGGGUUAGUUUUAUCUUGGUUCUUGUUUAAAAGGGAAGAGGUCUGUGAAUGGAAUAGUCAACACCACCUCCCAUCUUGAAAAGUCCUGGUGAACUUGCUGUAUGGAAAUGUUUCUUACACCCCAAAUUUCUGGAUUACUGAUAUUUCAGAUGGGGAUGUAAAAAUUAACAGGAUGUUUGUAUAAGGGGCUGAACAGAGGGAAAAUGUGGAAUUAUAAUUUCUUGCCAUCAUUGGAUAAAAAGGAUUCCCACGCUGGAUUGGAUUGAAGUUCAUUGACAGAACUUAAGAACUAAUGCUCCGCAUUGAUUGGUCUUUUGGUUUUGACCUGUAACAUGCAUUGGAGAACGAGUGUACCUCAACAGACCUACAACUUGACCUAUGAACCUCUAUUCCAGACAUUCGGUUGGUGUGAACUAUGAUGCACACCAUGUGUACUAAACUGAAAAUUAGUCUGUAUUUUUAUGUAGAAUGUAUAAAAUGCUUCUCUGAUGCUUAACUUAAAACCAGGAAACUUAUUUGCACACCGCCGUUUGUGGUGGGGGUACUGAUGCUUGUUGCAGGCAUGGAUGGUAACACGGUUAUGCAAACAUACUAAUGCCUGAUAUGUUGUCCUUAAAUCUCAACUUCAGCGGAGCAGAAUUCCACAGAUGACAGGCACCCUGCCAGUAGCAAUCACUUUGCCACUCCCACACUAAGACAAAUAUAAAAGUUGUAUACUGUUCUUUGUAAGCCUUUUUUGUAUUUUUAAUAUCUGCGUGUGUCUUGUGACAUCUUUGUUUUAAGUAUUUAUACGUGCUAUUUUAAAAAUAAAGCCUUUGGUAUCCCCAUAUGUC